AUGUCUACUCCCGAGAGCCUCAUCCCCAAGUUCCAAAUAUCUAGGCUGCUCAAGCAAGAUCAACAUGGCCGCCGCAUCUCACUCCUCGGCUCAAUUGAUGGACAGCAAGGCAUUCUCACAGCUGAGCGCACGGCAUUUGCCACCGAGUCUCUAGAAACACUCCAGGCCUUUCAUGCCGCCAUCUCGAAGGUCAACAACCUCGGCGACAACGACAUCUACCGCUGGUACCUUGCUUCUUCCAGCGAUUCAAGCAACGCCUCUCAACAAGGGACCCAGCAAGACCUGAAGCUGAACCUCAUCUGGCCUUGCACAGAGCAGCACAUCAAAAAGUACUCGGAUCAAAAGCUUCGCAUGGUCACUGAGACGCCUGCGAUAUACAAGGACCACGUCCGUCCAUACAUGCAAGCGAAGCGAGAGGAGGGCCGCCUGAACUGGGUCUUCAAUAUCCUCGAAGGCCGGACCGAACAAGAGGACGUUGUUCUCCGGGAUGACGGGCAUGGCCUGGAAGAUGCGUUCCUGAUGCUUCCUGAUCUGAACUGGGAUCGCAAGACGCUGAGCUCGUUGCAUCUACUGGCCCUUGUGCACCGGCGCGAUAUCUGGAGUCUGAGAGAUUUGCGCAAGAAGCAUGUGCCGUGGCUGAAGUAUCUGAGGCAGCGUGUGCUGGAGUCAACUGUCUCUCUUUAUCCGGAUUUGGAGAUGGAUGAACUCAAGCUUUAUGUCCACUACCACCACCGCUGCUGGCUUCAGAAUGCGUACUUACGACUAUCAGACCAACCUACCUAUUACCACUUCCAUAUCCAUGUCGUUAAUGUCAUGCUGGAAGCUGGAGCAACGCAGGCUACCGGGAAAGCUUUCGGGCUGGAAAAUUUGGUCUCGCAGCUUGAGACACUGGCCGGUGAUGAGGAUGCGAGUCUGGCAGAUGUGAGCUUGACCUACUACCUUGGCGAGGCGAGCGAGCUGUGGACAGAGAUAUUUGCGCCAUUGAAGCUGAAGGGGGGUGUGCAGCCAAAGAGCCAAUAG